CCUUCCUCUGUGGAGCUCUGGGCACCCAUGGGGAGAAAGAAAAGCACAGAUCGAUGGAGGUAUUUAUGAGGUUUUGAUGAAUGCGUUUGAGGUGAAUGUGUUUGAUGGGGCUUGCUGAGAGUAGCCGAGAGUCGAGGUUUGGGUGCCUGUAAUUGAGGUGGCUGUUGGGGUGAUCUGGUCGGGAGUGUAAUGGAUGUGUUUACGGCUUGGGGCGCAGUAAACAUACGGCUCUCCCUGUGAUGAAUGUUCUAGCGGGAGGGAGGGGGAAGAGUGAACAGGGCGGUUAAGGACUCUCGGAGACGCCUGUUUUUCUUUUUUUUAUUGUUUUCUAACUUCUACUGAUGAGCUCCUUCCUCUUUUUGUUGUUUGUGUUCGUCGCAUCCUCUGACCUCAAUACUGUUUCAGUGUGUCACACACACUCUCUCUUUAGGUCACUUUGGCUACCAUUCCUCUCCCGCUGUUGCAAACAGCUCACGAAGAAUUCUUCAUACCUUGAUUUUUAUAAUUUGAUCUCUUUCUGUUACCUUUCCCCCACUCUUCUACACAGCUCGCUAGUGACCUUUCACAUUGACCUUUCACGUCUCUAUGGUGAUGCAGACAAGAAGCAUGUCCUCUGCCUCAGUCUCAUAAUCUGCCCCCCAUAUGAGUCUAGGGUUCCUCUCUCUCUCUCUCUCUCUCUCUCUCUCUCUCUCUCUCUCUCUCUCUCUCUCUCUCUCUCUCUCUCUCUCUCUCUCUCUCUCUCUCUCUCCUUCCUGUCUGACCCUCCUCCCCUUCAUCUGUUCCCCCAGGUGCAGACAGGAAGUCGUGAGGACCUGAUGAACGACUACUUCACUCGGCCACCGCGCGGGCCGCCCGCGCUGAGAGACGGUGCCAAGACGCCCACCAGCUACGUCACUCCCACCGUCAAGACCCCCGGUUCCUCCUCCUCCUCCUCCUCCGCCGCCCCACUCAAGCCAGGCCAGAGCGUCAAGCCCAGCGUCCGCCAGCCAGCUCCUGACGGCUGCCACUCUCAGACACUGCCCAACCGCGCCUCUGGGGCCUCGUCGGGCGCCCGCACCUUGCCCCGCGGUGGCCUUGGCACAGCUGGGAACGGUGGCACCGGCAGCAGCAGCCUGAGCCGCACCUUCAGCCUGGCGUCGGCCGACCUGCUCCGCUCCAACGGCCCUGAUAGUUUCCGCGGUGACCAUUCGUCGUCGUCGUCGUCGUUGUUGUCGACACCCAACCAAUCAGAGGUGGUGCUGAGGAGAGGCGCUGGUGGGGGGGGAGCGGCGCGAGAGCGGCCCCAGUCGGCCCGCCUGGCUGGACCGUCACCUCAGCUCGGGGACGGCGGACAUCAUCUUGACCCGCGCCGGCUCUCCGUGGCGCCCCCCCGGAAUGAGCUGAGCCUGCCCCCGCCACAGCACCACUCGUCCUCACUCUCCCUGCAGCCUGAGCGGCACACCGCAGGUGGAGGACUGAGAACUGGUGGUGGUGGAGGAGGAGGUGGAGGAGUGAGAACUGGUGGUAGUGUAGGAGGAGGAGUGGGAGUGGGAGGAGGAGGAGUGGGAGGAGGAGGAGUGGGAGGAGGAGGAGUUAGUGGAGGUACACCCAGAGCCCCUGGCGGGCAGGCUGGCCGCUCCACUACUCAGCGCCAGCACAACGCCAACCACCACCAUCACCGGGGCGAGGUCGCCAUGGUGACGCCGGUGCGGGCAGUCUCGGCCCUGCGAUUGGAGGAGCAGGAGGAGGAGAUGAUGGGGGAGGAGCGUCGCAACCGGGGGGAGGCACGGCAGGCUGAGUCACCUCUGCUAAAGAAGGGAGAGUUGGGAGGACCGUCAGUGGGCGAAGGAGGAGGAGGAGGAGGAGUAGGAGUGAACGGCGGCACGGAGGAGAGGCCGAAGAGCACCCCUGCCUCUCCAGACCCCAGCGACGACCCUCAGACUGUGUGGUAUGAGUACGGCUGUGUCUAAACCACAAUAUGGCCGAAACGACUCAACUCUGUAACAUAACAACAAAUCGGAAACACGAACGUUUGAACGAUUCUUUUGAUACACCUCAAUGGCCGACAUGUGCACAAAGAAGUGUGAAUUAAAAAAAUUAAACUGAGCAGGUUUGAGUCUGUCCUCUCUUCAUGACACCCCACUCCAGAUCUCCACAUGACUGGCCCCAAGUCCAUGUCACUUCACAGGACACAGAAUCCCAUUCUGGCUCCUGUUCCGCCGACGCUCGAGCCACUAGUAUGCACAGAAGGACACUGAGAGACUCUGCAAAGACCCGCAGAAAGCACUAGAAAACAAGGAAUGUAUUUUGAUUUUUUUCUUUCUCUUCCCUGAGCGCUGGUCACCCAUUGAUUUCCUGCUGCUCGCUGUGGACAGCGCGCGCUUGCUCAAUCCAAGUUCUAUUCUUGCGCGUGGAAAACAAACAGCGAGGGUAAGGAGAGAAGGACCACUCCCUGGCCCUAAAUGACUGUAAUUACAGCCUCCAUCUUUAGAGAGGCAAGGACAGUGCUAGUCCAUCACUGGAAGAGAUUACUGGAAAUGGUCCCCCUCUUAAGACUCUGUCUCUCUCUCUCUCUCUCUUUCUCUCUCUCUCUCGCUCCCCCUCCUUCUGGCUCUCUCGCUGUUUUUUCCAAAAAAAAUAAAUGUGUGGUGACCCCCUAACAGUUACCACACACGCGAGAAUAUGGAUGGACUUCGAUAUUAAAGCACACUUAUGCAGAGGCCGCGAGAGGCCAUGGUGGAGGAACAUGUUGGUUUUGGGAGAGACGGAGGGAAGCAGAUAACCCUCUCUGGAAAGGGAAGGUUUUAAGACGAAGCCAAACCCCAACGACUGGUUUUGGGUACCAAGGGGAGGACGGUUGACUGACUCAAAUUUUAAGAAUGAGCAGUUUUGUGCACCCAUGUAAAUGUUUCCCACAAUGCACCAGUGGGGUCUCUCGCCGAUGAGAGCGAAGGGGUGUCCUGCAAACUGGACUCGUUCUGUAAUUUACAUAAGAUAUGUGUAGAAAUGGAAAAGGCAAUAAUAGCCUGAUGUUAAGACUUUUGUGUGUUGAUCAUCAUAGUGUUGACUUUAGAGGAUUUUUUUUUUUGUGUGUUAACACUGCAAUGCAUUUCUGAUAUAGCAGUAAGACUAGCUUUUAUUUAUUACUGUCUCACUUUGCCCAAAAAUGAUUUGAAGUGUGUGAGUGUGUGUUUCUUGUGUGAGAGUGUUGUUGUUGUUGUUUUUGUUUUGUUUUGUUUUGUUUAGUUUAACCCCACUGUUAUGUAGCUGUAUAAGGCAGGAGUGCAUUUGAACAGGUGAAUUGUGGAGAGCACACCUUCACACACGACUGGGAUGUGGAGAGCAUAGCCAGCACAGUGCCCAUGGACUCGCAGUGAGAUCAGCCACAGCUCGGACACACAUUCACUGCUAUCUCCUUGACAUUUAGUCAUUUAGCAGACGCUUUUGUCCAAACUUGAGUACCCAGGACCCCAUUAAAUGCCCCUUUUCAACUGAUAGCAGCCCUGUCUAUGAACUGCUACAUUAUUGAUCCCAUUACCUGAAUGCAAGAAUGGAGUUUGUCACUGGUGGCACAUCACCCAAUAUCCCUCUCUGGUUCCCCCAGCUUCAUGGGAGGUGGUGGAGGUAGGGCGGCAUUGUCAGGGGAGACACGUUCAUGACCUUCUUGCUAGUGAGCGAGUACAUUCAUACAAGUGUAUGACAAUUGCCUAAUGGUUUAGAUUGCACCAAGGAGUGCAUCAGUGCACCCCAUCUCCUGGUGUACCUUCAUCUCUCAGAUGGUGUGUGUGUGUGAGUGAGAAAGAGCGAGCGAGUGUGAUUGAGUGAGCGAGAGAGUGAAUGUGCCUGAGUGCUGGCCACUUUCUCACCUGUGCAGAGCUACUGUACUGUGGCUAGGAGCUGCCUACGCGAGUUGCGUUUUUAAACACUACUGCAGACAGUCUCUUCCCUUCACUUCUGUGUGCUUGUAUUCAUGUCCUUCAAACACGUUCGAAAUGAAAACGUCUUUUUAAGUAAUGAAAGUGAUUUUGUUUUCUGUCGGUGUUAUGUAGAAAAGAAGAAAGCUGAUGUCCAAAAAAGUUCAACACUUUGUAAUAAAGAUUUUUUUUAAUUGA